CAGGAGUCAGUCCCAGUCAGGACACAGCAUGGACAUGAGGGCUCCCGCUCAGCUCCUGGGGCUCCUGCUGCUCUGGCUCCCAGGUGCCAGAUGUGACAUCCAGAUGACCCAGUCUCCAUCUUCCCUGUCUGCAUCUGUAGGAGACACAGUCACCAUCACUUGCCAGGCAAGUCAGGGCAUUAGCAAGUGGUUAGCCUGGUAUCAGCAGAAACCAGGGAAAGCCCCUAAGCUCCUGAUCUAUGACGCAUCCAAAUUGCAAAGUGGGGUCCCAUCAAGGUUCAGCGGCAGUGGAUCUGGGACAGAUUUUACUCUCACCAUCAGCAGCCUGCAGCCUGAAGACUUUGCAACUUACUACUGUCAACAAUAUAACAGUAACCCGAACACCUUCGGCCAAGGGACCCGAAUGGAGAUUAAACGAGAUGUGGCUGCGCCAUCCGUCUUCAUCUUCCAGCCAUCUGAGGAGCAGGUGAAAUCUGGAACUGCCUCUCUUGUGUGCAUGCUGAAUGGCUUCUAUCCCAAAGAUGUCAAUGUGAAGUGGAAGGUGGAUGACGUCGUCCAGCCGAAGGAUAACAUUCUUGAAAGUAUCACAGAGCAGGACAGCAAGGACAACACCUACAGCCUCAGCAGCACCCUGACGCUGAGCAGCACAGAAUACCAGAGGCACAACGUCUACGCCUGUGAGGUCACCCAUCAAGGCUUGAGAUCGCCCCUCACGAAGAGCUUCCGUAAAGGAGAGUGUUAGAGGGCGAAGCGCUCCAGGCCCACCACCUGCUCCUCAGUCCUAGCCUCUCCCCCUCCCAUCCUUUGGCCUCUGGCCCUUUUCCCUCAAGGGACCUACCCCUAUUGCUGUCCUCCAGCUCAUCUUUCACCUCAUUCCCCUCCUCCUUCUUGGCUUUAAUUAUGCUAAUAUUGGAGGAUAAUGAAUAAAUAAAGUGAAUCUUUGCACAUGU